CAUACAAUAAACGUGUAUUUUCUAUAGAAAAAUUCCGGUUUCAUAUAUUUACAUACCUGGUAAUUGCGAUGAGAUACUUCAGCAAUUUAACUGAUUAAGCAAGUCGAGAAAUGUCGCACACUUUUACAAUGUACAUGUGCAUUUAGAAAUUGUAGGUAUGUAUGUAGGUACCUAAUGGCAGAUAAGAAAAAAGAUAUUCUAAUGAGUAUGUUUCUAAUUUUUAUAUAGGUUUAUACGAAGAAACGAAUAUUGUUACUUAAUGAAUAAAAGCGGAUAUGUACAAUUGUAUCAUAAAUAUUCUAAUAUAAUUAAUUGUGAGAUAGAGUAAACUGUCAGGAGGGAAGAAAAGUAUAUUUUUAACGUAGAUAUAUUUUUAUUACUUAUAUAAAUCGCGCAAUAAAUUCUUGGCAUAUUUAUUAUUAUUGCUUAACGUUGAAAUCAUUUUAACAAAUACACCCAGAGCGUAACAACUGUUAUUUUCGAAUAAAAUAGUUUACGUAAUCUUGUGGAUUUUAUUUACACCGUCGGAACCAUUCUCAGCCGCAACGCGCAACGUUUCAGCAGUCCGGCGAUCCACUGUGUCAAGUUUCAUAAAUAUUCCCGCGAAGGUCAAAACAUCUUUAGCGCCACCAUCGAAACACUUUGCCAGUCGCUCGAAGUGACAGUUCACAAUCGAAGCGGUGCCACACCGAGAGCUACGCUUCUUCGCGCGCAUGCGCCUUCGCAGUGCGAUCGCAAUGAAGUAUCAAAUUGCCACGGAAGAGGGAUGCCUGUAGGCCCUCAGUUUAGUCUCGGUUAAAACACGCGAAUUGUUUCGCACGCCUGUAUGCUUGUCUCCUCGCGACUCCCUUUGGGAGACAUCUCUACUUGUAUUUCAGCAAGCAACGUCAAUAAAUCAAUAUUUACCGAUUCGUCUUGGUGCUCGCUUAUCCGCCUACCUAACCUUAUCCGGCCUGACAAUUGUCAAAGUGUCCGCGGCAGGACGCACAUGCAGCGCGUACGUCGCUGGUUUCUCGCUAUCGCUGUCGUGCACGCACGAGAGAAAAAGCGUCUCUGCUGACAGACUGAACUGUAUAAGGCGCUCGGCGGUGUGUGAUACCCGUCGCCGUUUAAUAAAUACGACCCGAUCGCGACGCGGGAUAAAAUCCGUGGUGUUGUGACGCGCGCUAGUACAGCAGCACACGGCGGCUUGCGUUUCGUCGGUUCCUGCGGCGUCAGCUUCGAGCAGAUCGAAUGAGAAUUAUCAGAUUCGACGAUCGUGCACCGUGCGAGGAAAAAUGUGCGACAAGAACAACGCGAGCUGCGCGCGCGACGGCAAAACGGAUGCACGAGUGUCACUGUUGGAUCUCCCGAUCGAGAUAUUCCUGCAUAUAUGCUCCUUCUUAGAGGCGUCGACUUUAGCAUACACUUUGAGCCCAGUAUGCAAACAGUUCUACCUGAUUUUAAGGGAUGACUCAUUGUGGAAGGCGCGAGUUAACCGUAUGUGGACGGAUGCUAGCUACCCGGUCCUGCGUCUCGCAAAGGACAACAAUUUGUUUUGGAGACUGGCAUGCGUUGCACUCGAAAAACAGAUGAAAUUAUGGAGACAUCAAGAUUCUAUGGAAAAACUGUUGCUCACAGAUGUACAGUACAGUACUAUAGAUGCUCUGUUGUUGAUGCACGGUGGAACAACCUGUAUAUCCGGUGCAAGGGAUCGCUCCCUAGUUUAUUGGAAACUUCCCACGCAGGAGUACGAAAGUGAGAAGGCUGCUUGCAUAGAACAAGCGCAUAAUGGAUGGAUCUGGGACCUGACGGCGAUAGACAACACCAUUUACAGUUGCAGUUGGGACCACACUAUCAAGUCGUGGUUGCUCACCAACACUGGCCUCGUUCAUCUCAAGACUUACGAGACGGGAGGUUCGGAUGCGCUGCUGUGUGUAUCAUCUUGCGCAGAGCAGGAGGUCUUUGCCGCCGGUUCGUACAGCAGCACCGUGUUCGUGUUCGACUCGAGAUCGGGACACAAGCCGAUCGUGGAGUAUCAUCCGCAUUCCAGGGCGGUGAUUAAGCUGGCCAUGAAUUCGUCGUACAUCUUGUCCGCCAGCGAAGACAAGAAAGUCACUAUUUGGGAUCAGAGAGCAAGGCAGAUGCUCAGAUGCGUCAAUAUCUCGAAGAACGCGUUCCCCAUGUGCAUGAGCAUGCACCGAGAUUGGGUUUACGUCGGCGACAGCGCCGCGGAAUUGCACGUGCUGAAUCCGAAGAAAGACUUUGCAAUAGCCAAAUCGUACGUCACCGGACACAAGAAAGGGAUCACAGGAGUGCAUCAGACGCGCGGGUGUCUGAUAACGAGUUCGACCGACGGAACGGUCAGAAUUUCGAGCCCCACGGAUCCUCCGAAGUGUCUCGCUACGUUGACUUUUCGCUUCGGAGAAGUCGCCAGUAUGGACUACUUGAAUAGCGUUCUUGCGAUAUCCGGUACGGACGGGAUCGAGAUAUGGCGGCCGAAAUCGAUGUGUUCAAACCAAGAUCAAUAAGCAGAGAAUUUCUAUAGAUACUUACAUUGCUUUGAUACAUAAUAUAUUUUUAGUCUUUAUCAUAUUACACACACACACACACACACACACAUACAUACACACACACACACACACACACACACACACCGCACAAUGCGCGCUGCUCUAAUGUAUAAUAUAAUUUGUGUCGUUUCGAAAUUAUAAAUAGCUAUCACUUUGUUGAUAAUUCGUAUCAUAAUUUAAUAAAGGCUUCACUAACACUC